CAGAGGAACAGCAAUGGCGACAAGAGGCUCUGGGUUUUCUCGGACCCAAACAAGAGGAGGAAAACCAUGCAAAAACACAUUUCAUAAAAUUCGACAAGGCCAAGUCACCGGCGAGGGGUUAACUAGAGGAUCACAGAUUCCUGUGGCUUUGCUGGAGGAGAGGGACAAAAGAGCUCAAUGGCAGGGGAUUCCAGUGUUAUUGAGGAGGCUUCAUGAGAGCAGCCAUCCUAACAGCGAUCUCUCCAAGAUUCACAGCAUGGUCAUGGAGCUGUCGUCAUUACUGUCCAUGGAGGCCAUGUCAUUUGUCACAGAGGAGCGGAAAAUGCCACAGGAGUCCAUUUCGCCUAAUACAUAUACAUUUGACUUGUUUGGAGGAGUUGAUUUGUUUGUAGAGAUUUUAAUGCGGCCGACGCUCACAGUACAGCCAAACCCACCCACAAUGAGUGAUGAUCUCAUUAAGGAUUGUUUAAGCGUACUUUACAACUGCUGUAUAUGUACAGAGGGUGUUACAAAAAGCCUCGCCGCAAGGGAAGAUUUCGUCAUGUUCCUGUUCACUCUCAUGUCCAACAAAAAAGUUUUCCUACAAACCGCCACUCUUAUAGAGGACAUUCUGAGCGUACGAAAGGAAAUUAUUCAGCUAGAAGAAAUACCCAACUUGGACAGUCUGGUCCAGAGCUUCAACCAGCAGCAGCUUGCCAACUUCUGUCGGAUCCUCUCAGUCACCAUAUCAGAGCCGGACGUGGGUGUUGAUGACAAGCACACGCUCCUAGCCCGCAGUACCCAGCAAAAAACCAGCACAUGCCCAUCACGGGCUGAGAACAACCAGGUGGCUCUAUUGAACAUCCCAGGUUUUAUUGAGCGUCUUUGUAAACUCGCCACACGGAAAGUUACGGAAGCAACGGGUGCCUCUGCCAGGCUGGAGCUGGAGGAUUGGCAUAGCUGGCUCGACAAUGCCCUGGUGCUGGAUGCUCUCAUGCAGCUGGCAAUAGAGGAGGCAGAGCAGAGCAGUACAGAGUCGUCUGACGAGAGCUCUCUCUCCUCCAGUCCACUCAGACACAGACUGCCUCAAUCUAUGAAGAUCGUGCACGAGAUCAUGUAUAAAGUGGAGGUUCUCUAUGUGCUGUGUGUGCUGCUUAUGGGCCGACAGCGAAAUCAGGUUCACAGAAUGUUGGCAGAGUUCAAGUUAAUUCCAGGACUCAAUAACCUAUUUGAUAAGUUAAUCUGGAGGAAGCAGCCGUCUGGUCAUGUUCUACAUCGGCAGAACCAGAGCUGUGACUGCAGUCCAGAGAUCUCCUUCAAGAUUCAGUUCCUCAGGCUCCUGCAGAGCUUCAGUGAUCAUCACGAGAAUAAAUAUCUCCUACUAAGUGGACAGGAGCUGAAUGAACUGAGUGACAUCUAUCUGAAUGCUAACAUCUUUGAAAUGGAAGCACUGAAUAACACAGACAGGAACCUUGUGUGUGAUGGUAAAAAAGGUCUUCUUACACGGUUAAUCUCGGUCAUGAAGAAGGAGCCAAUUGAUUCUUCAUUUAGGUUUUGGCAGGCAAGAGCAGUGGAGAGUUUUUUGAGAGGAACGCCUUCAUAUGCUGAUCAAGUGUUCCUUCUCAGAAGAGGCUUAUUAGAGCACAUUCUCUAUUGCAUCAUUGACAGUGGCUGCAAGUCCCAUGACGUUCUUCAGAGUUACUUUGACCUACUUGGUGAGCUCAUGAAGUUCAACAUCGAUGCCUUCAAAAGAUUUAACAAAUACGUCACCACUGAGGAGAAGUUUCAGAUGUUCCUGACUCAGAUCAACAGUUCUCUGGUUGACUCCAACAUGCUGGUGCGAUGUAUCGUCUUGUCUCUCGACCGCUUCGAGAACGAGACUAAAGACGUGAAAGUGGUUGAAGUGUUUUCAGAGUGCCGCCUCUUGUCCUACAUGGCUCAGGUGGAAAACAGGUUGCUCUUUCUUUUAAGACUGAUCAGCAUCAUCAAUGUACAAACCCUCACUCAGGAGAACGUGAGCUGCCUAAACACCAGUCUGGUGAUUCUGAUGCUGGCGAGGAGACGGGGCAAGCUGCCUCUGUACCUAAGCGCUCUGCGGGAGAAGGAGUAUUCAGAGAAAUACCCCGGCUGCCUGCUCAACAACUUCCACAACCUGCUGCGCUUCUGGCAGCACCACUACCUCAACAAAGACAAGGACAGCACCUGCCUGGAGAAUAGUUCUUGUAUUCCCUUCACAUACUGGAAGGAGACAGUCUCAGUGCUGCUGGGGUCUGGUAGAAGCUCACGCUGUGCCAUUGCCACCUACAUCGAUGAACCCUACAGAGACCUGGACAGAGACUUCAUGGAGCUGUCACUAGAGACUGAGAGGACUCUCUUUACAUCACAAACGCAUCAUGCCUACGGUUAUAACAGCUAGUCCAUUCAGAUUCAUUGCAAAGUUGGUGUGUGUGAAGUUAUAUUUUGGAGAGUACUGAUCUGCUUGUGUGUGUGUGUACAGGUUUAUGUGGUUUACAGGGACACAAAGUUGUAUAACGACAUGAGUAUGACCUAUUUGUACUCCUAUUAAAGUGGUUUUACAGAGACAUACUUAAUGUCCCUGUAAUUCAAAAGUGCUUAAAAUCAUACUUAACGGGGUCUGUUCACAUUCAAAAUGUUUCACUUUUCCUGUGAGGGUUGGGUUUAGGGGUAGAGUCGUACAAUAAGUGGUUUUUACAGUAUAAAAUACAUUAUGCCUAUGGGGAGUCCCUGUAAAUCAUGUAUACAAGUGUGUGUGUGUUGGCUCAAAGUAUUACAUGUGAAUUGAAUGUGCUUGGGAAUAUGUAAUGCCACUUUAUAGAUGUGUGUGCAAUGGCACUAGAGACUGGGUGUUUUCAGCUGGUGAAUAGUUUUUACAGCUGCCUUGUUUUUCUAGCGCUGGGUUUUCGCCUCCUGUGGGUUGAGUUAUCAGUGAUUAGGGGUCACUUGAUGACAGGGUCCUGGAAAUUGUCAGGAAGAGCCUCACUGCCCAUUGUCCCUCACUGCAAAAAAAAGUUAAUUCGGGGACAUCCUAAUGUCUGAUUGUUUGGUUGGCUUAGUUUACAUACUGCCUGUAUAUUUAUGUAUAUGUAUGUAGUUCUCACUUUAAAAUUGUACUUUCAGCCUGAAAUCUCAGAGUGACUACACAAAGUAACAAAAGAAAAUAAAUAAGUUGUUUUAUCACAA